CCCAUUCCCGGGGCCCCCACCUCACUCCAUGAUACAUGAGGAAAUGGAUGAACAGAAGAUCCUAGAACUCAUCAACAAGAUGAUGGAGCUGCUGACUGGAGAGGUUCCUAUAAGGUGUCAGGACGUGGCGGUCUAUUUCUCCAUGGAGGAGUGGGAGUAUGUAGAAGGACACAAGGAUCAGUACAAGGAUCAGGUCAUGAUGGAGGAUCAGCAGCCCCUCACAUCACCAGUCAGAUCCAGUAAGAGAACAGCACCAGUGAGGUGUCCCCGUCCUCUUGAUGAGCAGAAUAUGGAGGACAUUACUACAGGGAAAGAUCUGAUCUAUAUUAAUGCUACAGACAAAAAGGAAGAAGAAGAAGAGACAGAUGUGAGCGGUGAUGAGCAGUAUAAGGAGGACAUUCCUACAGGGAUUGAUCUAAUCUAUAUUAAUGCUACAGACAUAAAGAAAGAAGAAGAGACAGAUGUGAGCAGUGAUGAGCAGUAUAAGGAGCACAUUCCUACAGGAAAAGAUCUGAUCUUUAUUAAUGCUACAGACAUAAAGGAAGAAGGAGAGACAGAUGUGAGCGGUGAUGAGCAGUAUAAGGAGGACAUUCAUACAGGUAAUCGCCCAGAUUCUUGUACCAGGAGAUCAGAGGAGAAUCUUAUAUCUUCAGAUUAUAAAGCAGAUGAUGAUAUCACACAAGAUACAUAUGAAGAACAUUCCAUUAUCCCAGAUACACCCUCAGCCCUUCACAGCCAAGAUCUGUCAUCUCAUCCUUAUAUACAGGUCCUGUCUUCUCAUUCAUCACAGGAUGUUCAGCAAAAAAAAAGCCACAGAAGGAAUGAUGGACAUCAACAAGCUCAUACAGAAAAGAAACCAUAUUCAUGUUCAGAAUGUGGGAAAUGUUUUACUAAAAAAUCAAGUGUUCUUAGACAUCAAAGAACUCACACAGGAAAGAAGCCAUUUUUAUGUUCAGAAUGCGGGAAAUGUUUUACUGAGAAAUCAAUUCUUGUUCAACAUCAAAGAACUCACACAGGAGAGAAGCUGCUUUCAUGCUCAGAAUGCGGGAAAUGUUUUACUAAGAAAUCGCAUUUUGUUCAACAUAAAAUAACUCACACGGGGGAGAAGCCAUUUUCAUGUUCAGAAUGUGGAAAAUGUUUUACUAAAAAAUCAAGUGUUCUUAGACAUCAAAGAACUCACACAGGAGAGAAGCCAUUUUUAUGUUCAGAAUGUGGAAAAUGUUUUACUGAGAAAUCAAUUCUUGUUCAACAUCAAAGAAGUCACACAGGAGAGAAGCCGUUUUCAUGCUCAGAAUGCUUGAAAUGUUUUAUUAAGAAAUCACAUCUUGUUAAACAUAAAAUAGCUCACUCAGGGGAGAAGCCAUUUUCAUGUUCAGAAUGUGGGAAAUGUUUUACUUGGAAAUCAACUCUUCUUCAGCAUCAAAGAACUCACACAUAAGAGAAGCUGCUUUCAUGCUCAAAAAGCGGGAAAUCCCCAUAGCAAACAUAUGCUGCUCUGCACAUUUCCUAAAAUACAGAAAUGUCAGCAGAGAGCACUGUGUUCCAAAAAGUAAAGAAUUUCCUCUGUAGUAUUCAGCAGCUAAUAAGUACUGGAAGGAUUAAGAUUUUUUAAUUGAAGUAAUUUAAAUCUGUUUA